CCAGACAGCGCCCAUCUGCCACCUCUGCAGUCUCCUCUGGGGCACAGAUAUGAUGGCCCAGCCAUGGUUGUCCUGCUUCCUGCUUCCUGUCCUCAUGGAGUCUGUGGCAGCCAAUGUGGCCCCAACGUUCCUGGCCAACAUGACAGUGGUGACCUUACCUGAGGACCUUCCGGUGGGUGCGGAGGCCUUCUGGUUGGUAGCCAAAGACCAGGACAAUGACCCCCUGACGUAUGGGAUUAGUGGCUACUAUGCCUACUUCUUCAGUGUCACCAAGAACAAUGGGAAAGUGAUCCUGGCCACCUCUCUGGACUUUGAGACACUGUACUUGUUCAGGAUCACCAUCUCCGUGAGCGACGGCCACAACCUAGUGCAGAGGGAAAUGCAGGUGAUCGUGGAUGAUAGAAACGACAAUGCACCUGUUUUCCAGAACACUGCCUUCUCCAUCAGCAUCAAUGAGACCCUGCCAGUCGGCAGUGUGGUGUUCUCCGUGCUGGCUGUGGAUAAAGACUUGGGCUCAGCAGGUGCAGUGGUGUACUCCAUUGAGAAGGUCAUCCCCAGUACUGGUGACAGUGAGCAUCUCUUUCGGAUCCUGGCCAACGGCUCCAUCAUACUCAACGGCAGCCUCAGCUACAACAACAAGAGCGCUUUCUAUCAGCUGGAGCUGAAGGCCUGCGACUCGGGCGGCAUGUACAAUGGCAGCUACGUUAUCCAGUGCUCUUCGCCUGUCUUCCUGUCCAUCUCUGUGAUCGACCAGGCUGAUCUGGACCCCCAUUUUGUCAGGGAGUUUUACUCGGCCUCUGUGGCUGAAGAUGCAGAGAAGGGCACCUCAGUGCUGAAAGUGGAGGCCGUGGAUGGCGACAAAGGAAUCAAUGACCCUGUGGUCUACAGCAUCACCAACUCCACGAGGCCUGGCUGGUUUGACAUUGGGGCAGAUGGGGUCAUCAGAGUCAUUGCUCCCCUGGACCGCGAGCAGCUGCUGGAGGAGGACGAGGAGGUGCAGCUGCAGGUCACGGCCACCGAGGUACACCCUAACAUCUAUGGGCAGGAGGCCAAGGUGAGCACCUGGGUCACACUGAGGGUGCUGGAUAUCAAUGACCACAAACCCGAGUUUUACAACUGCAGCCUCGCAGCCUGCACCUUCACUCCCCAAGAGGCCUGCAUCAACUUCACUGGCUCCGUGGAUGAGCACGCCUCUCCCCACAUCCCCAUCGAUGGCCUCACCAUGGUGGUCUACGAUCCAGACAAGGGCAGAAAUGGCACCUUCCUUCUGUCCCUGGGGGGCCCUGAUGCGGAUGCCUUCAGUGUGUCCCCGGAGCGAGCAGCGGGCUCGGCUGACGUGCAGGUGUUAGUGAGAGCCUCGGCAUUGGUGGACUAUGAGCAGCAGAUGGCGAUGGUGGUGCAGGUUGUGGCCACAGACUCGGUUAGUCAAAAUGUUUCCAUCGCCACAGUGACCAUCUACCUUACAGACACCAAUGACCACAGGCCUACAUUUCCCCAGAGCUUGUAUGUCCUCACUGUGCUGGAGCACAGUGCCACUGGCUCUGUGGUCACCAGCAGCAUCCAUGCCACAGACCCAGACACGGGAGAGUGGGGCCGCAUCACCUACAGCCUGCUCCCAGGAAACGGCAGGGCAGACCUCUUUGAGGUAGAUCCAGUCUCGGGGACAGUGACAGUGAAGAACAGCAAGCUGUUGGACCGGGAGACACAGGCCGUGUACUACCUGACACUGCAGGCCAUGGACGGUGGGAACCAGUCCACCUCCACCAUCCUGCAGAUCCACCUGCAGGACAUCAAUGACAACACGCCCGUGGUCAGUGGCUCCUACAACAUCUUUGUCCAGGAGGAGGAAGGCAACGUCUCUGUGACCAUCCAGGCCCACGACAGUGAUGAGCCAGGCACCAACAAUAGCCGUCUGCUCUUCAGCCUACUGCCUGGCCCCUACAGUCACAACUUCUCCCUGGAUCCUGACACAGGGUUCCUUAGAAAUCUAGGGCCCCUGGACCGAGAGGCCAUCGACCCCGCCCUGGGGGGACGCAUUGUGCUGACGGUGCGUGUGGCUGACUGCGGUGUGCCUGUCCUCAGCACGGAGGUCAAUGUCACCAUCACCGUGGAGGACAUCAAUGAUAACCUGCCAAUCUUCAAACUGUCCAAUUACACAUUCUUUGUGAAGGAGAGGGAUCCAGGAGUGCUGGUGGGUGAGGUGGAGGCCUGGGAUGCAGACCAGACAGAAGUCAACAACCGCAUUAGCUUCAUUCUGUCAGGGAGUGGUGCCAACAGCUUCAUGAUCCAAGGCUUUGUGUUGGGGUCUGGGUGGGCCGAGGGUCGCAUCAGGCUGCCCCCAGACUUGGCCUUGGACUAUGAGGCACAGGCUUCCUACAAUCUGACAGUGAGUGCUGAGAACCCAGACCCGCUUGGGGGGGAGGCUGUGGUAGAAGUCUUUGUGAUUGUGAAGGACGUAAACGAUGAACCACCUACCCUGGACUUGACCUCACUCCGGGGCAUCCGUGUGGCUGAGAAUGGCUCACAGCAUGGCCAAGUGGCUGAGGUGGUUGCCUGGGAUGUGGACACCAAGGCCCAGUUGCAGAUACAGCUUAUGAACGUCAUCUGUACCAAAGAUGGGGUCGACGUGGGUAGCCUGUGCCAUGGCUGGUUCUCUGUGGUGGCCAAUGGCUCUGUGUACAUCAAUCAAAGUGAGGCCAUCGAUUACGAGACCUGUGACCUAGUUACGCUGGUCGUACGGGCCUGGGACCUCACCACGGAUCUCCACUUUCAGCCUUACAGCAACAAUGGAAGCCUUCCCAUUACCAUCGAGGACGUGAAUGAUAAUGCACCCUAUUUUCUGCCUGUGGAAAAGACUUUUGUGAUCAUCCCAGAACUUGUGAUGUCUGGCCAGCAGGUGGCUUCUGUCCAGGCCAGAGAUGAUGACUCAGGGAACAAUGGGGCGAUCCAGUUCUCCAUCCUACAAGUGGAUUUCAUCUCUAAGGACGGGGCCACGACCCCUUUCCAGGGCUUCUUCCAGAUCUCUACCUCCUCCGAGGCCGAUGUGUUCACUGGCAAUAUUGAGCUGGUGACCAGCCUUGAUUCCACUCUCCAAGGCACCUACCAAGUGACAGUCCAAGCCCAGGAUAAACCUUCUGUGAGUCCUGCCCAGGAAGCCAAAAUCACCCUGAAUCUCUUCACUGUGGACCAGAGUUAUCGUGUGCGGCUACAGUUCUCCACACCCAAGGAGGAGGUGGGAGCCAGCACAACAAGGAUCAAGGAGGCUCUCACCCAGGCGACUAGGACUACUGUCUAUGUUGUAAACAUUCGUGACAUAGACUCGGUGUCUCGGGCCCGUGCCCACUCCUACCUUGAUGCCUACUUUGUUUUCUCCAAUGGGUCAGCCCUGACACUUAACGAGCUGAGUGUGAUGAUCCGGAAUGACCAGGAUGCACUGACGCGGCUGCUCCAGCUGGGGCUGGUGGUGGUGGGCUCCCAGGAGAGCCAGGAGUCAGACUUGCCCAAUCUGCUCAUCACUGUCAUCAUAGCACUGGGGGUGGCUUUGCUGCUGGCCCUUGUGAUCAUGACCGUGGCCCUCGUGUGUUUGCGGAAGAGCUACCACCGGAAACUCUGGGCUAUGAAGGCUGCCAAAGAGGCCCGGAGGACAGCAGCGGGGGUGAUGCCCUCAGCCCCUGCCAUCCCAGGGACUAACAUGUACAACACUGAGCGGGCCAACCCUAUGCUGAAUCUCCCCACUAAUGACCUGGGCUUGGAGUACCUCUCCUCUGGUGACUUGGAUUACCUCAGCCUCAACUCCUUGGAUGAAAAUUCCGUGGAUCUGGAUAACAGCCAUCGGGAAGUCAAGCAGGAGCUGCAGCAGAGUCAGCAGGGGCCGGCUCCAGAGCCCCUGAGGGUGGUCCUGUCGAGAAGGCAGGCAGUUGCAGGGACACAGCAGCAGCAGGAGCUGUCCUUCACCAAUGACAGCCUGGACACCACAGACCUGUGAGGGGGGCCCCACUCUCCCAGGCCUCCUCGAAGAGGCCCCAUGAUUCCCUAACUGGAGAUAAUAAUAUAUAUCCUAUUGCUUUGC